AUGGCGGACACCGCGAGAGAGGAAUUAGCAAUUCCGUUUCUGACCACACGGAAGGAAGAGAAGGAACGCCUUCUUGAUUCGGCGGUAGCUUCUCCCGAGCCCCCAUAUGAGCGCAAGCGAAAACUGGCCACUCCCAUGCGCAUUGUGGUUGGCGUUCUCGUAUUGUUUAAUCUCUGUUUAUGUGUCACGUUGAUCUUCGUCACACGAGCCCACUGGGCUCCUAGUCCGCCGUCGUGGAUGCCGCCCGAAAGAUACAAUAAGCAGAUAUUCCAGUUCCAACAAAUUUUUGGGGAGGAGCCCACCGAACAGUCGGAAGCAGCCUGGACUAGACUCGUCCCAAUGGGCAAAGGCUGGAUUAAUAUUACAACAGAAAGCGAGCUUCCAUCCAUGCCUGGACUAGACAGAAAUGUGCCCGAAAAGAAGGCACUGCUGUCCGUUUUUCACCAAAUCCAUUGCUUAUACAUGACCCGGUCUGGGUUCUUUGCCGCUCGGGAUGGCCACCUUGACACGGUGAACACAACUCACCUUUCCCACUGCUGGGAUUACUUGCGGCAGAGCAUCAUGUGCUCUGGCGAUACAACUCUGGAGUGGAAGCCGGCAAAUGACAUUGGAAGCACAGGAUGGGGCUAUCAGCACAUUUGUAAAGAUUACACAUCCCUUUUUAUUUUUGCCGAGCAACAUAGGUCAACAGAUAAGAAGGUAAUACAUUCUUAA